AUGACAAGGGAGGAGAUGUUAUCGGUGUUUCACACGGGACACGAGUCUGGUAAUCACGAUGAAAUAAAAAGAAAAAAAUUUAACAACUAGCGGUAUACAGUUGCCUUUCCAUUUAAUCUGAACUCGAUUCACUUGCACGCUUGAUGACCUUGCCACGUAAUGAAAUCUACUAACAAUAAAUGAAAUUCAUUUGCUAUUGUACUUUGUCGUUAAUCCUUUGAUUAACUUGAUGAAAAAAAACUAUUUCCAUUGAUAAAUGUACGCUUUCUAAUAAUACAAACUGCAACACGUAUUGUAAGAAAUAUUUUUGUUCUAAGAAUAUUUUUCAUAUGAUCGAUGUUUCGAUUAAUCUAGCGUCAUAAGAUAAUGGUACCAAUCUUCGUUGAUAUCCUAAAAUCUCAAUGAAAACGUUGAGAACAUUUAAAUUCUAGUACCGACGUACGAAGUUAUACCUGUGCUGCAUUCGAUGCACAAGAGAAGUAUAGGGAAGCCAGAGAUACACCUGAAGGCAUUCGGGAAGGACAUCAGUCUGUCAUUGAAGCCUACGGAAGGGUUGCUGACUGUGAAUCAUCUACCUAUGUGGACUGUCACGAAGAAUACGUCGCAACCUGGUGGUCUCCACUAUGAGAGGGUGACAAAUGAUGGUAAUAUUGGUUCAGAGCUAGUGAUUCGACCACUGCCAGAUAGGAUAUUGGACGAACUGGUAAGCAAGAAUUCGAGUCUUCAUUCAGAGGGGUUACUGCCAAACGUGACCCGAAGCAAAGGGAGCUUGAAGCGCACGAGUCAUCACGUGGUGUACAAGAAAGUGACUCGCUCGAGCGGCGACGAGUACAGCGAUUUCACGCUGAUGGAACCUGACCAUCUGGCCAAGAGGUACAGAUCGAAACGAUCGAUCACCGCUAGAACGAAGAGGGAAGCACCGUACGUGAUCUACCCGGAAAUUCUCUGCAUCGUGGACUACGAUGGAUACAGAUUACACGGCGGUGAUAACGUACAAAUCAAAAGGUACUUCGUGUCCUUCUGGAACGGAGUGGACCUGAGGUACAAGCUGUUAAAAGGGCCAAAGAUCCGCAUCAGUAUCGCUGGAAUUAUCAUAUCACGGGGGAGAGAUGCUACGCCAUAUUUGGAAAGAAAUCGCGUUGGACGGGACGCGAUCGAUUCGGCAGCUGCGUUGACCGACAUGGGCAAAUAUCUCUUCCGAGAGAGACGACUUCCGGUGUACGACAUCGCUGUCGCCGUUACAAAGAUUCGCGUACGUGGGUGGAGCUUGCGUCGUGAAUAAACGCCUAGAAAAAGUGAAUUCGGUCGCUAUUAUCGAAGACACGGGCGGAUUUAGCGGAAUCAUCGUCGCAGCUCACGAAGUUGGCCAUUUGCUGGGUGCAGUUCACGAUGGCUCGCCACCACCCAGUUACCUCGGAGGUCCAGGGGCCGAAAAAUGUCGUUGGGAGGAUGGCUACAUUAUGAGUGAUCUCAGACACACCGAGAAAGGCUUCAAGUGGUCCCAUUGCAGCGUGUCGUCGUUUCACCAUUUCUUGAAUGGCGAUACAGCAACGUGUUUGUACAACGCGCCUCACGAAGACGAAGCUCUCCCCCGAGUUUUACCUGGCAAACUUCUUUCGUUGGACGCACAAUGUCGGAAGGAUCGCGGAACGAGCGCUUGUUUCAAAGACGAUAGAGUUUGCGCUCAACUAUUUUGCUUUGACGCUGGCUCAGGAUAUUGCGUGGCGUAUCGUCCAGCGGCGGAAGGUUCUGCUUGCGGGGACGGUCAGUACUGCCUGAACGGGAAAUGUGUGGCCGAACACGAAAAUAUUAUACCAGAUUACACGCAAAACAUUCCAACGUAUGUGCGCCGAGAUGGGAAUUUCAACCCAACAGCCCUCAAUCGGCCACUAUAUGCUCAAUACAACAACACAGAGUACAGGUAUCCGUGGGAAUCGACGACACACAGCGCGCCACAAUCGAAAUUCAAAUACUCCUCGCCGUCGUCGAAUCUCUUCUCGUCGACGAGCAAUCCUUACAAACGCGUCACAUCGUUCGCCACCACACCGGCGACCAAAUACACCUACACCACUGCCAGUUAUUUGUACGCCAAUAAAUACAAGACUAAAGUAAACAAUAGUAACGAUAAUAAUAGUUAUAGUAAGAACGGAUACGCUGCUGGUACCACUACCAGGAGGCAUACGAAUUAUUCGUACUAUACGGUUAGUCCGAUGUCAAAGAUCAACGAUCUGAAUUAUCCGAAAAUUAGCCCGUUCAGGCAUAAGAGUACAGUGAGCACGGGGUUCGCAACAUCAGGCAAAAGGGAUCAAAACAGUCUUCAGGGCGAUGCCCGCGAACCAGAGGGCGAUGAGUGUGUGGACGAGGGGUCAGAUUGCGCGGAGCUGAUUGACAGGCUGAGAACAUGGCUGUGCCAUUUGCAAUCUAUGAAAACCCGCUGCUGCGCGUCCUUAAAGACGAUCUGCACCGCUUGA